AUGUCAGUGUUUACGUUUGAGACGGAGCCCACGAGGGUCUCGUCCCCGUGGUUACGUCCAGCCGGGAACCCGGAGGAAAGUGUCACGAAAUUAGAGGCCGAGCCACAGGAGGGAGCAAUAGAGUACAAACUUCAUUUGCUCCUACGACCCAGACGGCCGUAUGAGACGAUCACAUCCGGGACAGCUUCGGGGUCCCAGCGUCCUGGACGGGAUGAGCCUCAUUCGGUUACAGACUUAUCCAACAGCAACCUCCCUAAUGUAGGUCGUCUGGCCAUCAGUCCGUCUCCGACAGAUAGCACACGGCGGAAACUUUCCUCUGAGCCCAACACUACAAACAGCGAAUCGCGCAAAUUGCGUCUCUACCAUCUCACAACUCAGCUAUUAUGGAGGCUUCAGCAAUCGAUGAGGUACAAUCCGCUAGGCACGACCGACUCGUUGAUACCCAAACUCCCUGAUGACAGCGUUGAUCUGGCUGGGGCGGUACGGCUUGGAAACUUGUGGCAAGGCCUGGAGGAGUCCAAAGGAGCACUGUACGAGAUAGGAGUCUCAGAUGAUGGCACGCUGGUCGGACUGCCCGACGACGAGAUGGAGGAGAGUCUCUUGACUCUUCGAGUAAUGGCAGCGAGUCUUGGGUGUGUCGUGGAAGUGACUCGGCGGCAGUGUGUUGGGAGGUGUGAGUGGACCGAGAGAUCUCUGUCGAAGGAAGGUGAUACUGCUCCGCAACCGGUCACUCAUCACGAGAAGCUUUAUGUGGUUGAGGCGUUUGUGAAACCAUAUCAGGGCAUUGAGGAUCAAGUAUCGGACACCGUGGACCGAACAACCUCUGUUUCGCCAGGGAAAUUAGCCGAUGUGGAAGCCAAUUCGACAACAGAGCAGCUUCGAGUCACACUUACGGGUCCUACUGACGGUGGCAAGUCUACGCUCCUCGGUACGCUUUGCACAGGGAUUUUCGACAAUGGCUCAGGCAGAAGCCGGACCUUUUUGUUACGGCAUCGUCAUGAACUCACGUCGGGAAUGACUACCUCGGUCUCUCAAAUGUUGAUUGGCUACAAGAACAGUGGCCAUGACGAAAAUCUCAUCUACAGUUUCUCAGACCGCAAUAUUGACUCCUGGGAAGGCAUACACGACUUGUCGCGAGACGGCAGGCUGGUCUUCGUGUCCGAUUCUGCUGGUCAUCUUCGAUUUCGAAGGACAAUCUUGCGGGGCCUUGUUGGGUGGGCACCCCACUGGACGAUACUGUGCUUGGCCGCCACUGAUGGUGAGGCUAAGGGCAAAUCUACGCCGACGUCCUCACAGGAUGAGGCAGACUCUCCAAUGGGUGAAGUGAACCAGACAAAGGCGUACCUGGAUCUAUGUCUCAAACUCCGCAUGCCUCUCGUCAUUAUCAUCACGAAGCUCGAUGUUGCUACCACCAUAAGCCUUCGCGCAACGCUGACGAAAGUCUUGGCUGCGAUUAAAAGUGCUGGGAGGAUACCGAAGCUUCUAAUCAAGCAAAGAAUACAGUCUGAUCCCACGAGGGUUCCUGCGGUAGACGAAGAUGACAUACAGCCUCUAAUAAACAGCAUGAAGAGCAGUGGCAACCUGCUCGACUUCGUCCCGAUUGUGUCGACAAGUGCUGUGAAAGGCGAAGGAAUUGGCCUACUCCACGCACUGCUCCAGAAUCUGCCAAUACCGCCAACGCCAACCGCUCGAGACUACAUCGGUCUAGCUCUGAAUCCUGAGCAGCCAGAUUCUGUCUUUCACAUCGAGGACAAAUUCAGCCUUUCUGCCUUGUACGGGAAUGCUGUGAAGGAUGACGAAGAAGCUGAACAUGGGACGGUUGUUGCGGGAUAUCUCCGCUUCGGCCACCUUGCUGUAGGCGACCGAGUGCUGGUAGGGCCUUUCCCACCAGAGGACGACUCGAGUACUAUCACUCCCGAAGACCGGGCGUCGCCUGGCGGAGAAGGACUAUCCGUCUCGCACCACUCGUCCUCAGAGCUCAGCCGGCUCGCGAUGCGGAAUGCUGUUCCGGCCUCUGCCAUCAAGGGUGAAUGGUACAAUGCCCAAAUCGCCACCAUCCGCAACUUGCGUCUCCCAGUGCGCGUGUUGGAACCUGGCCAGGCAGGCACCAUUGGUAUAGUCUUUGAUAUGCCUCACGAGGACCUCUCUGACAGUAUCUUUGAGCGUCUACCGCGGCCGCUGCCUAAGAUACGGAAAGGGAUGGUGCUAGCGAUGCCCAGCAAACACAUGGUGGAGACGGGCCUGACACUGCAGGCAGCAAGCGGCGUCACUGCCGUCUUCGAGGAUGCUUCCGCGGACGAGCUGAUAGUGGGGAGUACGGUCAAGGUCUACAUCGCCAGUGUUCGCGCCUCGGCCAGAAUCGUACGCGUGUCUCCGACGUGGACGUACCCUGAUACAAGUGGUAGUGGAGCGGAAGAAGACGACGACGACGUAUUCGUCAUCAGCGACGAGAAGGACUCGGCCAGGCAACAGGAUAAUGGAAAGCUGGUAUACGAGGUGCAGCUUGAGCUCCUCUCGCAGAGGGAGUGGGUCGAGAUGGGCUCACAGGUUGUGAUCUUGGAGGGAGGCAGCAGGGACAAGUCCGGCCUUGAGGGAUUCGUUGGCAAGGUAAUAGAGAUAGCGGAGUAG